GCGGUAUCUACAUCUGUACAGCUAUUGAUUGGUAAAUUUUAUUUUUGAGAAACGAAAACGCAGAUAUGGAUAGUAAAUCAGUUGUUAAAGUCGAACCAAAACACGAAGAAGAAAUUCAUUCCGAUCUUCAAGGAAACCUUUUAGUAAGCAAUGAAGCAUUGGUUAAGAUAAAGGACGAAAUUACAGUGACUGGACAGUGCUCCAAAUCGCUUGAUAAUGAAGAAGCACAACAAACUGAUAGUGGAUGGAAUAUUAAAACUGACAUUUUCAACUAUUUUGACUGUGACUUCGGUCAACACUCAACAAAUAGUGAGCUGAGAGUUAAACAAUUAAAGCACAAAGGCUAUAACUGUGCUCAUUGUGAUUAUAGAACAAAGAACAAACGGUUGUUUCAACGGCACAUUUUAAAACACAAACGCCAUGUGCUAUACUGUGCUCAUUGUGAUUACAAGACAGAUAGCCAAUCCAACUUUAACCGACACAAUUUGAAACAUAAGGAAUUGAAGUGUGCUAAUUGUGAUUAUAAGACAAAUGUGAGACACCACUUUAAACGGCACCUUUUAAGUCAUACCGAUUCUAAAAAUUUUAAAUGUGUUAAUUGUAAUUACAAGACAACCACCAACUACCAAUUUAAACGGCAUCUUUUAAAACAUAAAUGUUUAAAAAAUAACGUGCCUAAAGUUUUUAAUUGUGCUAUUUGUGUUUAUGGAACAAAGAAUAAACAAUCUCUUAAACGACACCUUUUAAAACAUUCCGAUUGUAAAGAGUUUAAAUGUGCCAAUUGUGAUUACGAGACAAAUAUCAAAUACUACAUUCAACGGCACGUUUUAAAACAUUCCAACUCUAAAGGUUUUAAAUGUGCUAAUUGUGAUUACGAAACAAAUAACAAACGCUGCCUGAAACAACACCUUUUAAAACAUACCGAUUCUAGAGAAUUUAAAUGUACUAUUUGUGAAUACGAGACAAAUAACAAAUACCACUUUAAACGACACGUUUUAAACCAUAACAUGUCUAAACAAUUUAAAUGUGGUAGUUGUGUUUAUGGAACAAAUAAUAAACAGUGUCUGAAACGACACCUUUUAAAACAUUCUGAUUCUGAAGAUUUUAAAUGUGUUAAUUGUAAUUAUGAGACAAAUGACAAAUAUUACUUUAAACGACACCUUUUAAAACAUGCCGAUUCUAAAGAUUUUAAAUGUGCCAAUUGCGAUUACGAGACAAAUUACAAACGCCACUUUAAAAUACAUAUUUUAAAACAUAACGAUUCUAAAGAUUUUAAAUGUGCUAAUUGUGAUUACCAGACAAAUAAAAAAUACUACUUUAAACGACACCUUUUAAAACAUAACCUGUCUAAACAAUUUAGAUGUGCUAAUUGUGUUUAUGGAACAAAUAAUAAACAGUGUCUUAAACGACACCUUUUAAAUCAUUCCGAUUCGUAAACAUUUUAAAUAUGCUCAUUGUGAUUAUGGAACGUUCUGUCUUAAACGAUACGUUUUUAGGCACCUGAAGGCUGGAGUAGAGCAACACCAUUUUGUUGUUUCCUAUGUACAUGCAAUGUAUUAUUUUACGAGUUGUGUUAUCUC